AUACAUAUGCGUAGUCGUUCUUGAGCGUAGCAAUCCAUUUCGUGCUCACUAGGGGCACCAUCGCAUGUGAAGGCUCACAAUUUUUUGUAAGCUGAGCGCGUGCGCAGGGUGUUCUGAUCGCGUUCAAUAAUGUCGUCGGUAUACUAAUUACGUUUACUAUUACAUAGUGUGCAGGUCGAGACAAAGCCGGGCCAGAACUAGGCAGCGAUUUCGUUGCUCGUGCGCGGGGAUUGGCUUUUAGGCGAGACUGUGGGUUUGCGUGGGAGUCCAGCUGCCUACACGCAAUAAGGGCGAUGUCCUCUAACGGGGAGGCGGAAGCCGGGCCCGAUCGGGUUGGCAAGGUGACCCCAUCGUCUACCGGGCCGGGGCCGGCGAAGAAGUCCAGGCUGGAGCUGGAGUUUCAGCUGCCUGAGUCUCUCGACGAUGCGGUUGUGCAGCUGCCCUCCGGCAGCGGCGCGGCGGGGCCGCAGGCAGCCCUCCCGGCCGACGAGGCUCGGCGUCAGCUCGGCACCCUGCAGCUGGGCUCGGGCGACUACCCCUCCUCGCCGCGCCAAACCGACACGGCUGAGGGCGUCUUGGCAUCGGGAGCGGCAGGACUGGCCCCGGCAGCGCUCGCAGCGCCUGUCAAGAAGGGCAAAGCUGCGGCGGGCGAGGCAGCUACGGCGGGUGAUCAGGGCGUGGGGGCCGGCCCUUCCGGCGGCGCGGGCAAGCCCGCGACAGCCGAAGCCGCAGCUGCUGCGAACCAGGGGGCUGCUGCCACAACGGCGGCGGUGCCUGCACUGACAGCUGUUGCUGCUGCCGGGCCGGGUGCGGGCGCGGGGCCGGCGCUCAGCGGGGCUGGAGGGGGCGGCGGAGGCCGUGGCGGGGGCGGCGGUGCCGCUGCGCUGCAUCGGGAGGCGUCUUUGGAGCCGGCGCCGUCGGACCCGGGCGUGCUUGUUAGCGUGGACGUGGCGGCCGGCAGCAGCACGCUGGAGGGCUUGGGCGGUGACGACGGCGACGGCGAGGUGGUCAGCAGCGGCGUCAGGCGGCUGGCGGCACCGGGCCGGCCGCAGGGCUUCGAGGUGUUCAUUGGCGGCCUGGCCCCGGACGCGCGGGAGGAUGAGGUGCGGGCGCUGCUGGUGGAGCUGGCGGGCGGCGGCGGCGGCGGCGCGGCGGGGGCGGCGGCGGCGGCGGCGGGGGCGGCGGGCGGCGAUGCAGAGGUGGUGUCGGUGCGGCUGCAGUUGACGCGCGGCACCUCAAUCUGCAAGGGCUACGGCUUCUCGACCUUUGCGGAUGAGCGGGCGGCGCAGCGCGCCAUUCGCGCCGCCGCCAUCCCCAUGCCGCCCGCCACCCGCACCGCAGCAGCAGCGGCAGCAGCGGCGGCAGCGGCGGCGGCAGGCACAGCGCGGGGUUCGGAGGAGGCCGGCAAGGCGGAGGAGGCGGAGCGGGGCAGGGCGCAGCCGGGCGCCGCAGGUGACGCGGAUGACAGCGAGCAGCAGCCGGGCGCGGGGUCCGGUACCAGCGCAGCCAACGGGGAUGCCGACGCCGAUGCCGACCCAGAUGCAGGCACGGUGGCGGAGUCGGGCCACGGCGGCAGCGGCGACGACUCAGGGGCGGUGGGUGGCGGCGGCGGCGGCGGCGGCGGUGCGUUUGUGGGCGGUCGGCGUGUGGGACUGCACGCCUCGCGGCGGCCCUUCCGUCAGGUGCUGGCGGCGGCGCAGGCGGCGGCGACGGCGCUGCCGCUGCACCUGGCGGCGCCGCCGGGCUCCUCCAUCAACGCCCUGCUGGCGGCGGUGCGGGCGCACCCCGACAAGCGGGCGGCGGUGGCGGCGGCGCUGCACGUGCUGCAGAGGGGCGCGAAGCGCGCCGCCAGCGCCUGCGCACCCGGCGGCGCGGAGCCGGGCCGGCACGCGGGUGCGGUGAAGCGCGCGGCGCCGUCCACGCCGAGUGCCUCCGCGGGCGCCGCCAUGGGUGGCGGCGGGACUGAGUCCGGGCGGGCGGCGGCGGCGGCGGCAGCCGCCGCGGGCGCGGGCGGCGGCGCGGAGGCGGGUGCCAAGCCAUCGGCGGCAGCGGCGGCGGCAGCGGAUGGGGAUGCGGGCGGCUCCGGUAAGAAGGGAGCCAAGGAGGCAGAGAAGGGCGAUGCAGCGGCGCCAGCGGCGACUGGGGCGGACGCAGCCGCAGCCGGUGCGGGAGCGGCUGGAGACAAGGCGGGCGCGGGGGCAGCAGCGGGUGACAAGAAGCUGCCGGCGCCCAAGUCGGCACUGGGUCUGUCGCAGGAUCUCACGAUGGCGCUGGCCGCCUACCCCAAGAUCUUAAAAAUGAUCGAGUCGCUCAAGAGCUCCAGCGAGGGCAACCGCGCCGCCUCCAAGACGCCGCUCAUGAUACUGCACGAGUACGCGGCCAAGAUGUCGUACGAGGUGUCGUACAACGAGGUGAGCGAGGGCCCCGCCGGCCCCUACAACGUGGAGGCACGCCUCGUGUCCGGCGGCUCCUCGCCCACCACCGUGGUCACGGCCACCGGCAAGGCCCGCACCAAGAAGGAUGCCAAGCAGGUGGCCGCGGCCGCCACCCUGGAGAAGCUGCUGGGGCCGGGCGGGCUGCGGCCCAGCGACCUGCUGCCAGUGCCCAAGCCGCCGCUGGGCGGGCCGGCGGGGCGCGGCAAGCCGGGGCAGAUCGAGCGGCCGGGGUUGGGCUACACGGGCGGCCCGGGCGACCGCAGCCGCAGCAAGCCGCCCGCGGGCCGGCCCGGCGGCGGCGGCGGCGGCGGCGGCGAGUGGUGGAGCACGGGCAGCGACCGCGGCGACCGGGGAGACCGGGGAGACCGCGGGGACCGGGACCGCCGCGGCGGCGGCAGCGACAGGGAUCGGGGAGACCGGGGCGACAGGCUGGAUCGAGGGGACUGGGACCGAGGCACGGGCGGCAGGGGCGUGGGGCCGGUGGGCGCCAGCCGCGCUUACAGCGGCGGCUAUGGCGGCGGUGGCGGCGGCUUCCCUCCGCCGCCCAUGCACAGCGGCAGCAGCGGCGGGCCGUUCGGUGUGCCGGAGAGCCGAGGAGGAGGAGGAGGAGGAGGAGGCGGCGGCCGUGGCGGUGGCUCAAUGGUGCAAGUUGGGCUGGGGCAGCGGGGAGCUGGCGGCGGCGGCGGCGGCGGCAGCGGGAUGGGGCACGGCGGUGGUGGCGGCGGCGGGUACGGCGGCACGCUGUACGGCAGGGACAGCGGCGGCCCCAUUGGCGACGGCGGGUACGGUGCGGGAGGUGCGGGCGCCGGGUACGACAUGGCGGCUGGGCAGAAGCGCAACUACUCCACCGCCAUGCAGGCGGGCUUUGGUCAGCCGCAGGCGGGCUGGGAGGGCGCGGCCGCCGGCGCCGCCGGCCGCCUGCCGGUGCGGCCGCCGCAGCAGCCGAUGGUCAGCGCCGCCGGCGGCGUGCUGGGUGGCGGCAUGGGGCGCAUGGACGCGGCGAUGAGCGGGGGCGCCGUGGGCUCCGGCGGCGGCUUUGGCGGAGCGCUGGGUGGCGGCGGUGGUGCGAUGGGUGGUGGCGGCGGCAUCGGCAUGGGUCUCAGCAACCAGGUGGAUGUGUUUGCGGGCCAGCAGGGCCGUGGCGUGCAGCUGGGAGGCGGCGGCGGCGGCGGCGCAAUCGGCAUGGGAGGCGGCAACGGCGCGGUCGGUGUGGGUGUGGGCGGCGGCGGCAUGGGCAUUGGCAUGGGCAUGCAGCAACAGCACCAGCAGCAGCACCAGCAGCACCAGCAUGUGCAGCAAUCGCAGCAGCUGCAGCAGCAUCAGGGCUUGAGCUUUGGUGCGGGCGGCGGAGGCGGCCAGUCGGGGUUUGGCCAGGCCGGGAUGCUGCAGCCCGUGUUCGGUGGCGGCGGCGGUGGUGGUGCGGGCGGCGUGCAGGGCGGUGGCAUGCAACAAGGCUUGGGUGGCGGAGGCGGCGGUCUUGGCAUGUGGCAGCAACAGCAGCAACAGCAACAGCAGCAACUGCUGUCACAGCAGCAGCAAGGCAUAGGCCUUGGGCAGGGACAGGGACAAGGACUGUUCGGCAACGGCGGUGCCGGCGGCUUCCCGCAGCAGCAGCAACAGCAGCAGCUACAGCCCAUCGGGCCCGUUGGCAGUAGCAACCUGGGCGGCGGGUAUGGUGGCGGCCUCGGCGGCGGAAACGCUUUCUCGCAGCAGCCGGUGCAGCUACAGCCGGCGCAGCCGCAGCCGCUACUGCCGGUGCAGCCGGCCGGCGGCGCGGGUGGGUACGGCAUGUCAAACACCGUGCAGCUACAGCCGCAGAACAACUAUAACCUCGGAGUUGGCGUAGGCAUGGGCAGCGGGCUCGGCGGCGGCAGCGGCGGCGCAGGUAGCGGCUACGGGGGUGGAGGCAUCCUGACGCAGCCGCAGCAGCAGAUCAUGGGUGGCGGCGGUAGCCUGUUCGGUGGCGGCGGUGGUGGUGGGCUGCAGCAGGGGCAGCAGCAGCUACAGUCCAGCCAGCAGCAGCAGCUGCUGCAGCAGCAGCAGCUGCUGCAGCAGCAGCAGACCGGCCUGUACGGCAGUGGGCUGGGCCGCCCGGGCAUAUGGAGCUGAACCCAGCACCGGGGGGGGAGGGGGGUCUCACGCAUCGCGGCCGUGCUGCCUGGUUUUGUAGGAACGCAAGGGCAACAGAGUUUGGGGUCUAGCAUUCUACCAAUCGAAGCUCCUCGUGCUGUGUUAUGCUUGACAUAAUUGUGGCCGAGGGCGAUGCACUGAUGGCGCUGCGCCCAUUCUUUGCUGGCCGAGUUGGGUUUCGUUGGGCGUUGGCCGCCGCCGCCUUGUGGGGCCUGAUGUACCGACAUGCAAGCGCUGCGCCGUGUCGCGCGAAGGAUGUGGAUGUGCUCUUCCGCACGCACCAGCCUAGCGUGUGGGUACCGUGGUGCAGUGGGUGAUAUGCAGGAGACGCUUAGAAGACAGCAGGUAGGACCCGCAGCGCGUGCCUGUCGGAAACGCACACAUGCAAGCUGGUAGUGCCGGAUCACCGGGCUCAGUUAUGCUCAGUUGCAUCUGAGUGUCAGGCACAGAGCCAUACUGGGCCUGGGUGAAGCAAGAUGCAGAGCAGGUGUUGAGGUGGGUGCAAAUUCUCACAGCACCUUUGGACACCAGACCAGGCCCCCUCCAUGCAGCGGGCACAUACUGUAACGGUGUUACGCA